GAGGCUCUAAAUCAAGGGAAUAAAAUAAUAUAAAUACAAUAAACAAUAAAAUUAAAUCUAAAAAAUGGAAAAAUGGAUGGUCUAGGAUCGAAGCGAACGUACUCCACAUAAUUUCACACACACACCAACUGCUUGCCCGCCAUGUGGAUUUUCUCUCUUUCUCUCUCUAAAACACUGUCGCUAUCCGAACUAAACCGAUGAGCUCGUCGCCGUCAAGAAAUCCGACGUCCGCCGAAGCGCCACCGUCAUCAUCAACAUCUACGGAGGCGACAACGACGAACGCGGUGGGUGAUGGUUCGUCGAAGAAGGUGAGGAAACCUUAUACCAUCACCAAGUCCAGGGAGAGCUGGACAGAGGAAGAGCACGAUAAGUUUCUAGAAGCGCUUCAACUGUUUGAUCGUGACUGGAAGAAGAUAGAAGAUUUUGUGGGUACAAAGACUGUGAUUCAGAUAAGGAGCCAUGCCCAAAAAUACUUUUUAAAGGUUCAGAAAAAUGGGACACUAGCACAUGUGCCACCCCCUCGGCCUAAGCGCAAAGCAGCUCAUCCCUAUCCUCAAAAGGCAUCCAAGAACGCUCAACAAAUGCAGCUUCAAGUUUCCACGUGUUUUUCAACAACAACAAAUUACGACAUGCCGAGAUAUACAUCGUGGGAUGAUGCAUCAAUGCUGCUAAACAGAGUUAUUUCACCAGGGCAGGAACUUGCUACUCUUCGUGGAGCAGAAGGCAUGCUCUUUAGCCUAUUUUUUAUUGUUUCUUCUCUCUUUUAUAUUUCUGAUAUUGGAUCGAAGGGGAUCUUAAAUGUUAGUAGCCCUUCGACAUCCGGUAUGGGAAGCUCAAGCCGAACAGUAUCAGGUUCUGAGAUUCUACUAAAACAGCCUCCGGUGCUUCACGGAGUUCCUGAUUUUGCUGAAGUUUAUAACUUCAUCGGGAGUGUCUUUGAUCCUGAAACGAGAGGCCACGUGGAAAAGCUCAAGGAAAUGGAUCCUAUCAAUUUCGAAACUGUUAUGUUAUUGAUGAGAAACCUCACAGUUAACUUAUCACACCCUGAUUUCGAAUCCGCUAGGCAAGUCCUCUCAUCAUAUGAGGUGAACACCGAGCUCCUAAGCGUUACCUCUGGUUCCCUUGUCAGCAACUCAACAAGCGACAAAUCAUCUUAACGAAGUUAUCAAGUUUACUCGUCGGUUUUCCAUGUUUAAUAAAGUCUUGAGAUACACGUCACUAUGAAUCAUCAUCUUGUCAAUGCGAAUGGGGGAUUCUGUAUAGGGUGUUUAAUACGGUUUGUGUUGUUCUGAGGAGAAGAUGCAUAAGUCAAGUUUUCAAGCUUUUUAGUGUUGGGCCAGGACUAGUUCGGUGAAUGGUAGGUAUAAUGUAUGUUAGGGUUUUUCCAUUUACAACUAGUUCUUGGUUUUCAAGCAGCGGUUAUAAGCGGUAGCAAGGCAGCCUCAUCCUCAUCCGCUCGUUAACAUUUUUGUAAAAAAUUCUCUUUAUAUUAUUUGUGUUUUUUUUUUGCUGAGUAAUUCAUAUGUUUAAUCUGUUGAUUUUUGCCCUUUAUCGGAUUAUAUUUUGCUAAGCGGAUGUCCGAGGAGAAGUCCA